AUGGUUAACCAAAGUUCCCCAGUGGGCUUCCUCCUUCUGGGCUUCUCAGAAUACCCACAACUGGAAAAAACUCUUUUUGUGGUUGUCUUAACUUCCUACCUCCUGACCUUGAUGGGCAACACACUCAUUAUCCUGCUAUCUAUGCUGGACCCCAGGCUCCAUAAUCCAAUGUACUUUUUCCUCUGCAACCUCUCCUUCUUGGACCUCUGCUUCACUACAAGUUGUGUCCCUCAGAUGCUUGUCAACCUCUGGGGCCCUGUGAAGACUAUCAGCUUCCUAGGCUGUUCUGUCCAACUCUUUAUUUUCCUGUCUCUGGGGACCACUGAGUGCAUCCUCCUGACAGUGAUGGCCUUUGACCGCUAUGUGGCUGUCUGCCAACCUCUCCACUAUGUCUCCAUCAUCCACCCUUGUCUGUGCCGGCAACUGGCAGCUGUGGCCUGGGUUAUGGGUCUGGUCCAAUCCAUAGUCCAGACACCACCCACCCUCCACCUGCCCUUCUGUCCCCACCGGAAGAUAGAUGACUUUUUAUGUGAAGUUCCUUCUCUAAUUCGACUGUCAUGUGGGGACACCACGUUUAAUGAGAUACAGUUGGCUGUGUCCAGUGUCAUCUUCGUGGUUGUGCCUCUCAGCCUCAUCCUUGUGUCUUACAGUGCCAUUGCCAGAGCAGUGCUAAGGAUUAACUCGGCUGUAGCAUGGAAAAAGGCUUUUGGGACCUGCUCCUCCCAUCUCAUGGUUGUCACUCUCUUCUACAGCUCAGUCAUUGCUGUCUACCUCCAGCCCAAAAAUCCCUAUGCCCAAGACAGAGGCAAGUUCUUUGGUCUCUUCUAUGCAGUGGGCACGCCUACUCUUAACCCUCUCAUAUAUGCCCUGAGGAACAAGGAGGUAAAGAGGGCAUUCUGGAGGUUUCUGGGGAAGGAUGAAGAGUCCAGGGAGAGCUGAGGAGAAGUACUUAAUGUAUU